ACUCUCAGUAAACAGCAGCAUGUCCUGCCUAAUUUAACCCCCGUGCCCGGGUACGAUGGUGGACUUGUGAACUUUGGACGCCAGCAAGCCGGGAGGGGAGGCCGGAAGACAGGACAGUAUACAAAGAUCAGUAAUCGUCAUCCUUCUGAUGGUGCUGAACAAAACUUCACGCAGAGGAGUUCCUCGUUCGAGAGCCUCCCGCGGCUUUGAAGUAAUAAAUUGGCACCAAUGGAAGACGUGGUGGAAUCUCCGGCAAGGAGGGGAAGAUUGUGUUGAAAGAAACUCGAACCCGACAUCGGAUCGGUUGAUUGAUGAAAACUCGAUUUCGAGUUUCCAUCGAGCUGAGCUCAUUCUGGAGUCAUUUCUGAACUCAACUGUUUGCAGUUUUUCCGUAGGACUUGCUAACUCACAGACUUGUAAUGCUGAGAGAUAAACGGCAUGGUUCUUCAAUUGUCCAUUCGGCGUGAUAACACGGAGUGAUAUCGAUGGGGGACCUCGCUGCUCAUUGGUGCAGGCUUGGGGAACUAUCCAUCGCCGACUCUCUCCGGGAAUCAGGACUAUCCGAUGAGAGGGUAGUGGAGUUCUCCAGAAACCUUCAGGCAUUAGAGGAUCUAGAAGAAUUUCAAGGCAAGGACUUGGAGGAAUUUUGCUAUAAGUGUAGAGAUUAUGAAGACGAUGCGUUGCCGGCCACUCAGGCCGGCUCGAUCGAGGAGCGCAUAGGUGGUAGUCUCGUACACCGAUCCAGCACUUUGAGCUCACAGUUCGCUCGCAAGCGAGUUCAAAGCUACUGGAAAUGCUUGUUGUUGGCUGUGAUUGGCCGAGGUGCACGGCCUUCCAAGCUCACCAGCAUCUCACUGGUCGGAGAUGGAAGCGAGAUAAGUUUGGAUGAAGACGAAGCUGUGGCCCUGUGUGUGAAUUUGGGCACCAACAACAAGCUGCAGUCGUUGCACUUGCAAAAUCAAACUGCAUUUGGCUCACAGCACGUCUGCAAUUUUGUGAUCAAAGCUCUGAAAACCAAUUCGGCUCUGAGAAGACUCUCUCUUCCAUGUGUGGACAUGAACUGUGGGUCCGUGAAGAUCCUCAUGAUGGCGCUCCAGAGCAAUAGCACUCUGGAAUCCCUGGACAUUGGGGGCAAUAGCAGGAUCGGCGAUGAAGGGGCUGCAUACGUGGCGCAGAUGUUGAAGGCCAACACUUCUUUGAAACGGUUGGACCUUCAAGGAAUCGGCUGUGGCCUCGAAGGGGCCAAGGCCAUAUCCUCAGCUCUGGGACGUAAUAUCACAUUAGAGACUUUCUCGUUCGGGCGCAAUCCGAUUUUAGCUGAAGGCAUGAAGCUACUGCUUGCGCUUUUCAUCCCGAAAGAGAAUGCAGGCCCUGCAUCGUGGAACAGCGUCCUCAACAUUCUCAGGGAGAGUUCGGGAGAAAUCUGGGACCCGAAGAAUUCAACGAUCAGGCAUUUGGGCAUGCGAGACAUGAAGAAGCAGGACGUGUCGGUGGAAUUCUUGGCCCUGAUGCUGAAGACUAACAAGACCUUAAUGUCCUUAGACAUCUCGGGCAUACCUCUGGAAUUACACGAUUGGAUUGACAAGAUAAUUCCAGCUCUAAAGAUGAACGAUAACCUGAAGCGCCUCGUGCUGGACAAAUCCGGAGAUUUGCCCAUCGAGCCGCUGAUGGAUCUCAUCACAUGUGCGACUACCAAGACCGUCUUGGAAGACAUUAGCCUGGACGCCACCAACAUGUCACCCAAGGCAGGCCUGAUCCACGAGGAGUUGAUGAUCAACAAGCGGUUCCGAAAAGGCUGGAGGGACCAGAUCAGAGUGAAGCCCAGAUCCGCCCGAAUCGUCCUGUGCGGCUUCGCCUUCGCAGGAAAGUCCACCAUCUGCAAGACUAUGAGAGACAUCAUUCAAGGACGUUCGUACCUGGAGGAUUGUCGAGCACAAGUCAAGCGAGUGAUAAGAAAGGUUCCGUGCAUCAGGGAGAUUAUCUUUGGCGGUCAAGCCGUGAGGGAGCUCGAGGAUCGAACGAGAGGAUGCGAGAUCGUGCAGCUCAGGGACGACCCAAACCAGGGACGCAUAUCCGUGUGGGAUUUCGCAGGGCUCAAAGAAUACUACGCUCUGCACGACUACCUCUUCCCCAGCUUCAAAAACUCGUGCUUUCUCUACGUGUGCAGCCUUCGCUUCCCUCCUUGGGAAGUUCCUCGAACGGGGCCGGGAUGGCUCCGUCGUCCGGGAAGCAUCAAGAGCAAAGAAGCCAUCAGAGAAGAGCUCCUCUACUGGUUGCGCUUCAUCGCCUCCAAUUCCAAGACGCUUCCUGCAGCAGAUGGUCGAUCCGGCCCUCUUCCUCGGGUGAUUCUCGUCCUCACCAACAAAGAUCAGGUGCAUCCCAUCAACCUGAACCAGACUGCUCGCAGUGCCAGGGAAGUGGUUCACGAGAUGAAGGAGAGGUUCAAAGACGUGGUCGUCGUCCAGGAAGAAGUGGAGAUUGUGGCUGCUCACUCGGGAGAAGACGUGCAGCGCCUGUUCUCGGUGGCGGAGGAGAAUCUAGAGCAGCUGCUGGAGCUGUCGACGGAGUACGCUGUGUGCGAGGAGGUGCGCCGUGUCUUGGAAGACUGCUCGGUUAGGAAGUCCAAACCUGUUUUAGCCAUGGCGGAAUUCGACAGGUUGUGCGAGAAAGAGCUUCAACCCAACAUGGAUCCCAUCGAAUACAAGGCUGCCAAAUUGGACACCACAGAAGGCCGAGUCAGUGUUCUGACUUAUCUAGACUACGUGGGCGAGAUUAUCUACACGCCUUCACUGGACCUGAUCGUUGUGAAUCCCAGGUGGUUUGGAAUGGGUGUCUUAGGCUCACUGAUAGAUGCAUUCCGAGGGUCACGGCUAAAGCCGAGCGAUUGGCAAGGUGUGAUUGGCGCUCUCGGCAGUUUUUUGGGUUCCCGAGAGCAGACGUUUCAUCACAAUCAUGGCUUUGUACGAGAGAAAGACUUCAAAGACAUCACCAAGAAUUUAGAGCAACACAUCGACCCGGAGGUUUUGGUGCAGCUGAUGACAGAGUUGGAGCUAUGUUUCAAGGUGGAUGAUACGGACGUCGAAGAAACAGGGGUCAGUGGUGAUAUCUCACAAACCUCGGAAUCUGUGUCAGCAGCCACCCCGUUGCUAGGAGUGAUGCAUGGCGAACAGCCGAGGGAGGAACACGAGAAGCCGAAGAGCAGCCUUUUAUUCAUCCCUGCUGUAUUCGACGAUGAUGAAGCUCCUGAAGACGGGCGCAAACUUGAGUGGAAUCCUUUACUGGAUCAAAGCGGUCAGCACUUCCAGUACGUCGGCCGUCGCUUGGAAUGUGAGAAUAAGAUCCUCACGUUCCUGACCCCUGGGUUCUUUCCCAGGCUACAGGUUUAUCUGCGGAAUUAUCUGAGCGCGCAGGGCUGGACACAGAACAAGGGCUUUCGGGUGGACAGAAACCUCAUCGGCUUUUAUGCAAAUGGUAUGGAGGUGCUGCUGGAGUACAGCGGAGAUCAGGACUAUUUUAUAGACGUCCUCGUGAAGUCGACACAGCCUUUCUCGGAGACGGUACACUUCAUUCAAGAGCGCUUGAUAAGCAGAAUCAGAGAAUUUUGCGCCACCCCCCGAGGGUGCCAAGGGGUGGUACUGGUGGAAGCAGUGGUGAGGCCCGUGUGUGUGAGGCAUCUUCACCCUUGUCGAGAAAGGAAAAACCAGGCGGAAUUGGUGUCUCUCCUCGAGGAUCGGAUCAGGGAGAAUGGCAGAAGCUAUCAAUACUCAUGGCGGGAGGACAUCGAUGGGCUCGAUGGGCUCGAGGAUCUGGACUUUGCUUUGGAUCUGCUCAAAGGAAAAGGCUAUCUGGACAGCAAGAUGAGGAGCCAGAUAUUGGAAGUCGUGUACCAAGCUUUACACACGACGGGUUCGUUAGAAUAUACCAGUGCAUUUGAAAAGGACGAAGAAGCCGUCAUAUUUCCCAGGCUCUUCUAUCCAACAUUCGAGAACGCCGGAGUGGUGCUCAAGAUACUGGCGAACAUCGACACCGAGAUCUCCAUCAACGUCCACUUCAUGUGCGAAGACAGAGAAGGUGCUCAUCUCGUCGAGGAUCAGGUGGGGAGAGUAAAGCAAGUAAAGGCCAAUAGCAAUUCUCCCUUGCUGAAAUAUGCCCUUAGUCUAAUAUGGUUUGGUGUAAUAAGGGGCAGCAGAGAUGCAGGACCGUCCGACGAGAGCGUAGACGAGAGCUGGAUCGACAGAUUGUUCUGUGCUACUGAAUUAUCUACUUGCAUUGAAGAUCUGUUCAGAAUCAUGGAUCUCAGCAAACCCCUCAUGACAGCGUCGGUAGACGACACUUUGGAUGCUUACACCAGGUAUCUGGAGCUGGAGCCUUCGACAGAGUGGCUUUUAGACUUCUUAUUCCUCGAAAACAGACGAGAUUUUUGGCAAGAUUUUCAGCUAUGGAAAGUGAGAUACACUGACUCCAAUCAGACUUCCUGGGUAUGUGACGAACACUAUCUAACAGGAACAAAAUGGGGUAAGGGUACGUUUCGUUCUGUUCUGCACUGAUGAGCCUGUGAGGUUUUCUCCUUCCUCCCAAGAGUCCAGAUCGGUCUCGUCGUUGGUGGAAGUCCCAGGCUAUUGUACUAAACAGAUAUCUAGAAAUUUGUUCUUGGCAACAAUACUCUGUGCAUAGCGGAAAAUGUAAAAUAUGGCACUUUCCUUCUAUAUUGAUUGGGAAAAAAAACUUCUCCUAAUUAACGUCCACAACUCCAGCUCAGCUCAGUACUAUGAAUUGAAACCUCUCAUCUCUCCACGUCAUAAUCAAGGUUAGCCACAUACCCUUUACUUAACCUGAACUACUCGGGCUCAUAACCGCG